ACCACAAACAUACCCCACGCCAUAGGGAAAAGGCCCAUGGCCUCUAUACUCAAUAUCUUAAUGAAUUAAGAAUGAAGAACACCUGAGCCCCGCAUGGAGUAUACUACCCGAGGAGUCUGUGGGCAGGAAGGAUGCCGUGAAACCCGGUAUUAUCUCGAUAAUGGGCUCUGGUUCUGUCGCCGGGGUCAUCAGCAAGAAGGCCGGCAAGUUGAAGAAGAGCCUGACGACUUUGGGACGCAAGGCAAGACGAAUCGGGUGAAGAAGGACGUGACCGAAAAGGGUGCAAAGACGUAUCGUGGUCGACAGGCUUACAGCCUCUUUCUGCAGGUGUAUCAGUUGAUCCUCUGGAAACAGUGCCACGCCUUGGUGCAAAGCCGAGGUUUUCCGGCGCAACUCGAGCAUGUUGUCCGUGACUUGUGGGCUCUUCGUCUAGAAACCUAUUUGAACAAGAUACAGGAUCCCUCCGAAGGUGAUGAGAUAGAGUUCUUCAGCUCACAGCCCACCGCGGAACAGGAGGAGCCAGAUAUCGUUAAGGUUGGAGGGAAGCAUCUGCAAUGGCCUCGACUCGUGGACUCUGUCGGCCUCUGCUACUUGGGAGCUUUAUUAAUGCGCCUUCCGGUCGGUAUUGGGGACUUUCACCGGAUGAUCAUGUACGGUGAUAUUCCUUAUAUUCGCAUAACACGCUCAAUUCCUCGUGAAAUGAGAGAUAAAUUACCUCAGGAGUAUCUCUCGAUGAUCGAGACCACGAGGUUGCUGAAAGCGGAGCAUCUCCAUAAGGCCGUAUUGCAACUGUCACUUCUCUAUCGCCACAAGUUUGGCGUACACUUUCCAGCUCUAAAUCUGCCGCCGAUGCUAUAUCAUUAUAUUAGGAGACUAGCUCUUCCAAUUGACAUCUACUCCGCCGUGAAGAAACUGCAGGAUAUUCUAGGUUUUUCCUUCGAAUUCCCGAAAGACCUUGCCAGCAGAAGUAGACCCCAUGACCUACCUGAAAUCCAGUUGAUCACUCUCAUCGUCAUAUCUACCAAGUUACUUUUUCCCUUCGACGACCUUAAAAGGUACCCUAUCUCGGCAAAGGAACCUACGACGCAAGUCAUCGAUUGGAAGCUCUGGGCUCAGGCCCAGACGCAAUUUGAUAGCCGAGAAACCGCUCGGGGCAGAAUUGGCAAAGGUAAUGAAGUCCUAGUGAAUGAGCGUGAUGUGUUUAACAUGUCACCGAGUCAACUGGAUGAGUACAUGAAUUGGUACGAGAACAACUGGCUCGACAGUAGCAAAGUGUCAAAUCCACUAAGCGAUUUAUUCCCCGUUGGGCCAACCGGCACGGAUUCUCAGGAAGUAGCAGACCCUCCAGAUGAAGAUGACGAGGAAGCUGUAAGCUCAAUGCUGCGAACAGUUACGCAACAACUCAAGCCUCGGAAAGUUAUUACAGAGGAGCACUCGGAUAUCCCUCGACCGGGGUCAUCAUAUGUGCGGUAUAAAAUGGAGUCUGAUUUGCCCGAGAAUGCGCGACCUUUCUACGAAACGGCAGCAAAGGUGGUCGGAGUAUCAUUAGCUACCCUUGUACGAGCUGUCUCCCAAGCAGAAUAUAAGAUUAUGCGAUGGCUGGAAGACCAGAGACGUAUCGAGCUCUAUGGAGAUGUUUCCGGCAUGGAGUUUGCGAAAUUCGAUAGCUCUGAUGAUAUGGGUGAACAGGAUAUGACCGAUUCGGAUGACAGUUCUUGAUAUAAACCCACUUUGUUGGGUAUAAUUUCCCUGUUAUUCUAUCUCUUUUGAUGCUCUCAAUGUCAAUACAA